CACCAACGUCAAGUUUUCUAGAAUAGGUGUAAUUUUUGUUAAAUAUAUACAAAUCCCUUACAAGAAACUAAUUACAGCAAGUUUUAAGACGUGCAGCGUGCGCGCUGUGGAGCUAUAAGCUAUAAGAGCAGAUAGUUAAGACACGUCUCACACUCAAAACAAAAACACACAGACCACUCUGCUUAGUAAUAAGAGAACCCCAGCAACAGAAUGCCACUAGAAAGCGAUACUAUCGAAGCCCAAGUGCUAGAACAGAGGCAAGAGAGCCUAGGCCCAGAGGCUCAGAUCGACAGGGAAAUGGACAGAGAGGACCCCUACCCAGCCACUCCUACCCAGCAACCAGCCAGCCAAGAGAGCAUCUUUGAAAUCCCAAUCCUACCACCAAAAAAGCGCCAAGCCAACUUCUCGCCAGAGGCUGCCUAUAGAGGCAGAAACCCCUUCCAGAACUCCUCUACCCCAAAACCAACUGCCAAGAACUCGGAGCAGGCCAUCUACUGGGCGAGAGACCUGAUUCUCCAAGCGUUAACUAUGGCUAAAUCUCAUGUGGCCCAAGAUAAGCUCCUAGAGUUACUAGAUGUCUUUAGAGACUACACUAAGAAAGGCAGAGUACACAACUGCUCAAGCUGCAGCACGAAAGGAAAGCCAUGCAGACACACUCUCCCUAAGUGCUACAACUGCAAAAAGCCCCACUUCGCUAAUAGCAAAGACUGCGAGAUCUUUCUAGCUAUUAACAAAGAGAGGCCCUCAGCAGCCAUCUCUAUGUUUAGAGAACAUUAAGAUUCUACAAGUGAACCUAAACAAGAGCCUACACG